GUCAGCCUUCUCCAUAAACAAUUUGUACCGGUAAAUAGUCUGGAAUGAGAAGGAUUUCCAUACAAGGAAUUUCGUAUUGAUCUACAAACAAGACAACCAAGUCACCUGUCUUGACCCCGUCCGAGGGGAACCACCCUUCCAUAGUACACUCCAGAUAGCGGCCGCGGUGUCUUGAAUCUGAAAAGGAUCCCUCCAAAGCCAGUGGCUUGCUCCUUUGCAUACCUUGUAAGGCAGCAAUUCACUUCAGUAGGCUGUAAUGGCUUGCUCCUGACCCCUCCAAAGGCCACUCUAUGAGUCAAAAUAUCACUUCAUAUUAAUGCGCGAUUAUUGCUUGAAAUGUCAGCUGGUAUGUCCCGAAGAAAAAACAGUAAAGUGUCUUGGCUGUCAUGAACUCAGAUAGACCGCUUCUUCACUUUCCAAAACCCUUACGGUUAUCCAAAAGUGCCAUCUGUGAACCAAUUAGUCAACUACGAUAUCAUGAAAUCCUAUUAUUGUUUCCAAUUUUGAUAAAAUGUGCCAAUUUCGCAGCGAUCAAACUAAAAGAUCAGCGUAGGAGAUAAUAAAGACGCUACUCCGUGUAUCACUCAUCCUUUUGGUGUCGUGGCAGAGAUCACUGAUGAUAAAUUACUACCAAAACAGGUGCGGAAACGUCUUCGAUUUGUUGAAUCGUGUGAAACUCUUAAAAUUAGCAGAUAUACUGUACAAUCUCUGUGACCUUGAUUGACGACCCCAGUUGGUCGGACGGAUGAUCGAGUAGCGGAAUAUUUUGAAUGGGCAAAGAAGGUGAUUGACGCAGUGCGAGAUCUAUGUUAGAUGUUUCAAAGAAGUGGACUUGUAUUGGCCUAAUUAUUGUGCCCCUUUGAGCACUAGGAUGGCACCAAAAUCAUCCCUCACUUGUGUACAAUGCGAGAAAUCAUUUUUGACCAAGCAAAGUCUUGUCAGACAUAUUUGCAUUCAUACAGGAGAAAACCCAUUCCAAUGCCAAUAUUGUGAGAAAUCAUUUUCAGGUAAGAGGAAUCUUUUGUCUCAUAAACGUAUUCAUACUGGAGAAAAACCAUUGAGAUGUCUGCUAUGUGAGAAAUCAUUUGUAACCAAGCAAAAGCUUAUACAACACAUAUGCCAGAACAAUGGAGGAAAACCAUUCCAAUGCAAAUAUUGUGAGAAAUCAUUUUUACAGAAGAGACAUCUAUUGACUCAUGGACGUAUUCACACUGGAGAAAAACCGUUCAAGUGCAAGUAUUGUGAAUUUUCACAGAAUGGACAUCUAUUGACUCAUGAGCGUAUCCACACAGGAGAAAAGCCACACAAAUGCAAAUAUUGUGAGAAAUCGUUUUCACAGACGGGAUGUCUAGUGACUCAUGAACGUCGUGUUCACACUGGAGAAAAACGAUUCAGAUGUGUGCAAUGUGAGAAAUCAUUUGUAACUCGGCAAAAGCUUGUAAUACAUAUUCGUAAGCACACAGGAGAAAAACCAUUCCAGUGCAAAUUUUGUGAGAAAUUGUUUUCACGGAGUGACAGUCUAUUGACGCAUGAGCGUAUUCACACAGGAGAAAAACCAUUCAAAUGCAAAUAUUGUGGGAAAUCAUUUUCAGGGAAGAGGAAUAUUUUGAAUCAUGAACGUGUUCACACUGGAGAAAAACCAUUCAGAUGUGUACAAUGUGAGAAAUCAUUUGUAACUAAGCAAGGUCUUGUAAUGCAUAUUCGUAAGCACACAGGAGAAAAACCAUUCCAGUGCAAAUAUUGUGAGAAAUCGUUUUCACAGAGUGGAAGUCUAUUGGCUCAUGAGCGUUUUCACACAGGAGAAAAGCCAUUCCAAUGCCAAUAUUGUAAGAAAUCAUUUUCACAGAAGGGAUAUCUUUUGACUCAUGGACGUAUUCACACUGGAAAAAAACCAUUCCAGUGCAAAUAUUGUGAGAAAUCAUUUUCACAGAAGGGACAUCUAUUGACUCAUGGACGUAUUCACACUGGAGAAAAACCAUUCAAGUGCAAGUGUUGUGAGAAACAAUUUUCACAGAAUGGACAUCUAUUGACUCAUGAGCGUAUCCACACAGGAGAAAAGCCAUUCAAAUGCAAAUAUUGUGAGAAAUCAUUUUCAGAUAAGAGCAGUAUUUUGAAUCAUGAACGUGUUCACACUGGAGAAAAACGAUUCAGAUGUGUGCAAUGUGAGAAUUCAUUUGUAACCAAGCGAAGUCUUGUAAUGCAUAUUCGUAAGCACACAGGAGAAAAACCAUUCCAGUGCAAUUAUUGUGAGAAAUUUUUUUCACGCAGUGGAAGUCUUUUGAAUCAUGAGCGUAUUCACACAGGAGAAAGACCGUUCAGAUGUGUACAAUGUGAGAGAUCAUUUUUCUCAAAGCAGGCUCUUGUCAGUCAUAGUCAUGUUCAUGCAGGAGACGAACCAUUCCAACUCAGCUUCAACUGUAAAUAUUGUCAUAAAACCUUUAAGAGUGAGUCUGGCUUACGAAAACAUAAACGCAGCCACAAUGAUACUUCUCGUAAUACUCGCAAGGUGUCUGAUGCAAGUCCCGGCAAGGAUAAACGGUUAAAGUCAAAAAGUGGCAAAGCUAUGAAAAGUUCUUGUUCAAGGUCUCGUUGUGAGCAAACUGAUGUGGGAGAAGAUGCAGUAGUAUUAACUGGUCCUUCAAAUAACAAUAAUUCUCCAAAUGGACAAAACCCAGUCCCUGCAAGUUCUGCGACGAAUGAAUGUUUGAUCAGCAGAGAGCCUGAGAGUGAGGUAUCAAAGUUGCCUGCUGCAGUCGGGUGUUUGGACAUGGAUAUCAAGGAUGCUGCUGCAAAAAUUACUGUUAUCAAUGGGAAUGAAACUGUUGGUCUGGGUACUGCCAAAAGAGAAGAUUAUGAAGUUUUGCGGCUGGGUGUGAAACGAGAUUUGAUUGAUCAUAAUUCUAAUCAGCUUGGAAAUGUUAAAAGUCAACUCAUUGACAUCUUUGCUGCCGACCAGUCUGAUGGAAGUGUUGAACCAGCCCUCACAUCUGCUACAGGGCAGUCCAGGGCUGAACUAGACAUACGUUCUGUUCAUGUUACAGAGGAGAGAAAUGUCAACAGUGGGGCCUUCAACCUGCCAUGUAACACAUCUCCUAUAGAACAGUCCAAUGUCAAAAGUGAGCCAUGUAACACAUCUCCUAUAGAACAGUCCAAUGUCAAAAGUGAUGCAGGGUUAUAUCAUAGAGGUAGUGAGACCGUGUGA